AUAAUAUCGAAACGAUGGCCGAUCCUCUGACAGAAAAUGAGCGAACCAGAAGGGCUAGAGACCUGCUUAAGGUGUACGAUGAAACCUUCACCCACUUCAAGAUAAGAGUUAAAAAUGAGAUUGAUAAGAUUAAUAAACAUUACAGCUUAUGUGACACUGAAGAAAGAACCUCUUCAGCUAACACAAAGCCUGCAUUAUAAGUCAGAGGUUUACAGUGAAGAGUAAAGGGACACGAUUAAACACUUCUAUUCCUCCACAUAAGGAAAAGGAUGCUAAAUCAAAGACUAAGAGUAGAAAUGCACUACUUUCCUUUAACGGAGAAGUGGGCUCAAUAAUUUGAGAAGAUAAUUACAGUGAGGUGUGAGAAGAUUUAUUUACAUAUAAAGCCACUCAAAGCCAAAUGACUAAGAAUGAACAGCGGUACAUUCUCGAACUAGAAAAAGCAAGAGAAAGAUUAAAUGAUCCCAAUAAUCAACUCCCCAUUGAAGUAGAUCAAACUGAAAAAGACAGAAUAGUUGAACAGUUGAAGCUUCAGGCUCUCUGUAAUGAUAACAAAGCUUUCCAAAAGUACAAGAAAGGCACUCUCUUUGAUGACAAAGUUAAUAUCAUGGAGCUUGUUAGGAAAGGCAAAGCUGAAGAUAGGUUUAAAUAGAAGGAAUGAUUCGGUGGUUGAUGAGAUAAGUAAUGUCCAAGCUGAACCUAAAAAGAAGGAAUCGGUCAAUAUGUUUAGGAAUACGAUGGAGAAGUUUCAGAAUUUAGGAAACGUGCAGACUCAUAGAAAAUUUGACAGCGAUAAAUCAGAAUUUUUAGAACCCCAUACUAUUAAAGUUUUACCCCCUAGUACUCCGAGAAAGAUAUAAACUUAAAGAAAGGACUUUCAUUAAUGAAUCAAACACUGAAUUCCAAAUUUUCUAACUAUUCUAAGAAUCAUAGGCGGAUGCAAGACAAGCUUAAUUCCACCUUGAAUACCUCCAGAUGGAAGGGACUAUCAAGAGGUUCAAAGAAUAGGAACUCUCUGGUAACACAAAGACGUUUUGAAAAUACCGAUACCACUCGAAACAGAAGCAGCUUUUUGAUUACUGAAGAAACAUUAAACAAUGCCAAACACAGAAAAUAAUACCAAAAGACUCAGCAAAAAAAGUAA